UGUACAGAAAUAUGUACCCGCAUGGGUAAUGUUAUGCUGUUGGGACCGGUGGGACGCAACACAUGCAAAAUGGCGGAGAUAGACGACUGGGACGCUGACGACCUGGCGACAGAAGAACAACCAAAGAAGACGGCUGAGGUGGAUAACUGGGACGAUGAGGACGUCGAUGACGACCCAAAGGAUAGUUGGGCCGACGAAGAAGCCGAAUUGAAAAGGGAAGAACCAAAGAAAACAGAAAUAGUAACAUCUGAAAAGAAGAAACAAAGUGAAAAAGAACAAGAGGAAGUGAAGGAAAGAUCUGAGGACCAUGAGGAAGGCGCUGAGCUCACCCCUGAGGAGGGGUCGGAGACGGGAGAGCAGCAGGAGAAGCCGGCUGGGGAGCAGGCCAGUGAAGCCACCGCUGUCGCAGGUGUACCAGGUGGGAUCGAUGCCAUGAGCCCGUCCUCUAAAGAGGACUUCAGUGAAUUUGAGAAGGUGCUGAAAGACAAGCUUUGCCCUUAUGAGGGGUCAGUCCAUUACUCUGGCCUGCUGGAGUCCUUGUUUCAAGACCUCUGCAUCUCAAUGGAGAUAGAGGACUUGAAGAAAAUCAACUCCUCCCUUACCAGUCUGCUCAGCGAGAAACAGAAACAAGAGAAGCAACUCAAUAAGGGGAAGAAGAAGAAGAAGGGAGCAGUGACUGUGGGGGGGAUGAAGGCCAAGCUGAAGGAUGACCUCGCGGACUACGGACAGUUUGAGGGAGGCUACACGCAGGACUAUGAGGACUUCAUGUAGAGGCCCCUGCCCGCAUGCCCUCCAACUCCGCUUGAACAUCCAUUUCUUCCCCUCAGAACGAUGCAGUCGUUGUAGUACUGCAACGAUUAACAAAUGGACAGAAAAUGUACUUUUUUUAUAAACACCAAACAUGGUGAAUUCGAUUUUCAGAAAUGGAAAAUAAUUUGUUUUUUGGAGUGGUUUUAAGGUCGAUAUGAAUACUCAAGUUUACAUCUUAGGUUUUCAUCUUAUUAAGAUGCUCCAUGACACUGAUGGAUGAUUAUGGUUUUGCUGUUCUUUAUUGUAUUUCAUGGAGUGAAUGAUUCAUUGAAAACCAACUUGUGGGUUAAUUGAUAGUUGGUGGCAGACAUUAGCCUGUCAGACGUUGCUGAAGAAGAUCCUAUUGGAGGCUUUCCCUGUAAAAAAAAUAGUCACUGCAUCCAAAGCAGUGAAUUAACAACAUAAUAAAUCAUCACAUAUGCAGGAAAACUUGUCAACAAAAAGUUUGUGCUUUUCAAAAAAAACUAAAUUUUUCUUUAUCGUUUAUUUAAAUGAUGUGACUUUAUUGAGAAAGGCUUCAUUUAAUCUACUGUUACAAAUAAAUAACACUAUCCCAAGCCGAUUCUUUGGAUGUGUAAGAGCUAGGCAGUUACAUUGUGGUUCUUUAUAAUUCUACUAUACAGGCACAUUACAGCAGCACUGCUCAGCGGCACUGUAAAGAUAAAAGCAACAUGUGUUUAUUUUACAAACUACAUAUUUGACAUAUUUAUAUUUAACAUUUCAAAAAUUAAUAGUAAUGUUCUGAGACUUAAACAAGUGUAAAUGUAAAACUGAAAUAAAAUAAAUAUUACUAAGUAGUUAAUUGAACUUUCAGACACUUUCUGCCUUAAAUAUAAAAGGUACUGAAGGUGUCUUAGUUCGGUCAGCACUGUCCCUCGCUCCCCUCCCUCCCUGUUGCAGCCGACACUAAGGAGACGCUGAUGUU